GAUUUAAAGAUAUCCAGUUUAAUCUGAUCCAAUUCUACAUUUCAAACUGGUCCUUAAUGCUCCAAAUUUUUUGGGCUGAUUCAUCUAGUAAUCGUGGUUUGAAGCUCUAGCCCCAUCAUCACUUUAAACCCAUAUUAGGAAGCGAAAAUACGAAGAACCCGCAAUAAACUCCGAGAAAGGCACCAAAAAAAAAAAAAAAAAAAAAGAAAGAAAUCGCAGAGGGGGCGAGGAAGAUCAGAGUGGGAGGAAGGAUGAGAGGAGUAGGAGGGCCGCUUCUAUCGAUAGGAGAUCUGCUAAACGACGUCGGUGAUUCGAAUUCAGAUGCUUCUCCGCGAAAACUUCAUCAUCACACUUCAUCGUCUCCUUCUUCUCCGAUCUCCACCCCCAUUCGCACUCCUCACAGCUUCGACCUCACCAAACUCUUCCAGGAAAAUUACAAGGAACUCAAUGAGGCACUCGCUGGCACUGACCAUUCUUGGACUGCUCAAACUUUAAAGUUAUGUACUGCUCUCGAGACUGCAAAUAAGUUGGUCCAGUCCACAAACUCAAAUGUCGGAGUACUAUCUGAGAAAGUUGAAGAGCUUGAGAAAGUUGUCAAGAGGGCAGAUUCUGCGAUCGCAUCAGCCAGGGCUGUUCAUGCCUCUCUAAGUGAAAAGGAAGAAAAACUAGCUGGCAAUCAUAAUGUCAAAUGAAUUUUCAAUUCUCAUGGGAAGUAUGAGGAUGCCAAAUAAGCUUAUUAUGGAGUUCCACACGUUGUCUUGCUUGGAGGAAAGAGAAAAAGCUAACUUAGCACAAUACAGUAAAGCUAGCACAGAAUACAGCGAAAACAAGCCAAAUUUACUAACUGUUCGUACAAUCCCUUUUUGGACGACUUUGAAGCUGCUUUGACUUGAGUCCAUGUCCUCUUAGACAUAUGUAUUGAAUCCAUGAAACAUUGGAACCAUUUCAUGCUUUCCGACCUCCAUAAUUGCAGAAAAAUCGCUACUUGGGUCUGUAUCGGUUUCCAUCACUUGUAUACUCAAGAUAGGUUUUAGAUCUUCGGGUA